AUGAUACAUUUAAAAAUUUAAAUAAAGUUUGUUUUCCUCUUAAAAACCAUUUAAUUAGGUUAGCAAAUGAGACUUGGUAACCAAAGAUAUUAAUUGUAUUAAAUUAAGUUCAGUUUUUCACCACUUACAAUGUAUGAGUACAUUUUCAUACUAAAUAUAAAUAAGAAAUCUUAACCUGAAAAUGCAUGCAAUACAGGUAGCAAAUAUUCCUUCUGUUAUGCUUGUUUCUACUAAUGCACUGAUAAUCAUAGGAGUUAACAUAAUAAGAUAUGAAAUUAUCUUCUUUUUAAUGAAGAAAUGAGCUUAAAAGGAUAUCAAAUAAUAAAGAGGCCACAAGAGUAAUAUAGUGAAAUCUGUAUUAGGGAAAGGAUAAUUAUAAACUAAAUAAAGUAGG